AUGGAGGUUUCAACAUUAAAGAAAAUGAUAGAUGAUUUGUGUCUCUGUGAAGAAGUUAAGGUAGAAAAAACAGGUCUCAUCAUUGAUGGUAAUGCUCUGUACUAUUCUUUGUAUUAUACGUCCGAUCCAAAGCUGGACCAGCGCUGUGGAGGAGAUUAUCCCGGAUUCAAACAUGAGGUCUGUCAGUUCUUUAAGACUCUGCAGGACUGUGAAGUCAAUCCGUACGUCAUCCUGGAUGGUGGCUCAGGGCCCGAGAAGCAUGAAAGAAAUGUGUCUUCUCUAAAAUAUAAACUGAAAAAAGCAAAGACAAUAGCAGAGACUGAGCCUGAUGGCACUUUACCAGAGGCAUAUAAUGUGUUACCACCUCUGGUCAAAGAUGUCUUCAUAGAAAUCUUAAGAGAAAAAGGCAUAGAGUUUAAACAGUGUUUAGGAGAGGCAGACCCUGAGGUUGUUUCCGAGGCAAAUCAGAAACAAUGUGCUGUGCUGUCCAUUGACAAAGAUUUUCACAUCUUUGAUGUGCACAAAGGUUUCCUUUAUCUCGACAACUUUGAAUGGAAAAAAGAAGAGGAUGGAAAGAUUCCUGCUAAGAUCUACAAACGUUCAAAGUUUUGUGAGCAUUUUAAAUUGGACCCUGCUCUCAUGCCAGUCUUUGCUUCAAUAGCAGGAAAUGAUUAUUCAAGAUUAGAAGACAAUGGUGGUUUUUCAAAGGAAUCAUCUUCACCUGGUGUGAACAGCAUUAAAAGACUGGAUGGUAUGCUCGGCUUUUUAAGUAAAGUGAACCUGGAUGACUUGAAUGAUUUACAGAAGAGAGAACGUGCUCUGAGUGAAGCUUUAAAUCAUGUUGGUAAAAAAGAGAACCAAACAUUCAAACUCGCCAUUAAAAAAUAUGUUAAACCAGAAAAAACAAGUUCUAAGUUGCCACCAUGGGUGUGUGAAAAAGUUGAGCGUGGAGAACUCACCAGUUUCACCACAAGUGUUGUGGAUCAGAAGACAAUUCUGCUGACCGCACUUGUGGAGGACUUUUCACAGCGCAGUAGUUACAAAGCUGCUUACUGCAUCAGACAGUACUUCUAUGGACUGUUAACAGGAGGUGAGAUGUGCACUGAAUAUGGCAGGGAUGGAGAAGAGAUCAAAGACGACCGUGUCCCAUCAAUACUUCCCAGCAGUGAUGAACAGAAACAACUGAAACUACAGCGUCUGCAUAAGGCUCCUGAGGGUUUGCGUCGCAGGGUGUUUGAACAAGCUCUGCAGGUUCAGACUUCAGACUUAGAAAACAUCCCCGACCAGCUGAAGCUGCCAGUCUGUGUGACUGUUUUCUGGUUCAAGAGGCUACAACACCAUUCAAAACCUGAAACUGUCUACUGCCUCCACGCUCUCCUGCUGUGGUUUGUGUGUGAGCCCGAUGGUCCAGAGGACGAGUUUGAGAGGAGGAUGAAAGCUUUAAAGGAUGAAGGUGUGAGUAACUGGCAGCCACGUGUGGCUCAUGCUUUCAGCCAAUGGCAGUGCUGCAUGAGGCAGAGCCUCCACCUGAACCAGCUGCUGUGUUCCCCUCUACCAGAACCUCAGUGUGCACGACUUUACUGUGGACCUGUCAUUCAUCGGCUGAUUUCAAUCUGGCGUCCAGUGUCUGCCUCCUGCCAGUACUCCUGCUCGAUCACUUCACCCCGUGCGUCGUCUUGCCUCGACCCUAACUUCAUGGACCCCCAGCCUCACGGACUUUCACACUUCCCUCCUGGGCCCCACGGUCCCAUCCUGAUUUACCUUCCUAACCCGGCCAGGGAGGCAGAAGAACAUCACAUCAAGAAGGAUUGCCAGGAUUUAUACAUCGGGGAAACCAAACAACCUCUGGCAAAGAGGAUGGCACAACACAGAAGAGCUACCUCGUCAGGCCAGGCCUCUGCAGGACACUCUUUCAAUGAUGAGGAUGUACAAAUCCUGGACAGGGAGGAAUGCUGGUUUGAUGGCGGAGUCAAGAAGGCCAUUUACAUGAAAAAGGAAAGACCAUCUCUGAAUCAAGGAGGGGGCCUAAGGGUCAUCUGGCUGGACCCCAACAUCGUGGACCAGGCCCGGCCUGGAUACGAAUUUACGCCCAGGGCUUUCACCUCUACCUAG